CGAGUAUCCAGGUGACUUCUCUCCUGGAUUUACAGCGCGCAGCUGUUGCGCGGCUGUCAGACGCGCGAGAGGAGCCCAGACCCUCCGCUGCCGCCGCUGGUGCCGGACUCACGCGGAGCCCACGGAGCGAUGGUGCGGGAGCAGUACGUCAGCAGCAGCGCGCAGGGCGGCGCCGCGCCGCGCUCGCUGCCCGACCACGUCUACAAGAUUGGCAUCUACGGCUGGAGGAAGCGCUGCCUCUACCUGUUUGUGCUGCUGCUCAUCAUCGUCCUGGUGGUCAACUUCGCCCUCACCAUCUGGAUCCUGAGGGUCAUGUGGUUCAACACGGACGGAAUGGGACUUCUGCAGGUUCACUCUGAAGGGGUCAAGCUGGAGGAGGGCGAGUCGGAGUUCCUGUUCCCUGUCUACGCGCAGGAGAUCCACUCCAGAGACGACUCCCCUCUUCUGGUCCAGUCAUCGGAAAAUGUGUCUCUUCAUGCCCGAAAUGAGAAUGGUGAUGUCAUUGCGAGGAUAUCCGCAGGUCCAAAAGAGGCUGAGGGACUCACUCCCAACCUGCUCAUUCAGUCCCACAAUGACAACACGCUGUUCACAGCAGAUGGCGAGCAGACUGCCAUCGGACCGGACAAGCUGCGCAUCACAGGUCCUGAGGGAGCUGUGUUCCAACACUCGGUGGAGGCUCCUCUGCUGCGCUCUGAACUCUUCAAAGAUCUGAGACUGGAGUGUCCGACGCGCUCCCUCACCAUGGAUGCGCCUAAAGGGGUCCACAUCAAAGCCCCGGCUGGAAACAUCGAGGUGCUCUCCAACAUGGACGUGGUCCUGCAGUCCAGCGCUGGCCUGCUGGUGUUGGACGCGGAAACUGUGCGCAUGCCCAGCCUGCCCCUCAGCAGGGGAGGGGUUUCUGGAAGUGCUCAGGGUCUCUACGAGGUCUGCGUCUGUCCGAGCGGCAAGCUCUUCCUGUCCAAGGCCGGGGUCACCUCCACCUGCAGCGAGAACCAGGAGUGCUAGGUCUGAGCAGGUGCUGGAUUCCUGCCCUCACAGAGGACAGAACCUGCUUCCAUCCGCUCGCCGGUGUUGUUUUCGUCAUGGCCUGCUGGACCUGCAGCCCCAGCGCUGACAUCUCGCUCUCACACACGGACGCCUGCUGGUGAACUUACACGAUGACGAGACGCCUCUUGUUGGGCUGGCGUUUCUUCACAGCGGAGGGUGAUUCUCGGUACAAUGGCUGGGCAACUAGGAGCUGGAUCUCAGCUUACAUCCUAUGCAAUAUAAACCCAUGGUGCAAUAAAUAGCUCUGACGUUUAAAUGAGGGAAAUGUCAGUCUCAGUAUUGAAUUGAAUUUUGCUGUGUGUGUUGACGUAUUUGAAGUGAAUUAAAGAGGAAACGUUGAUGUAUAAUCCAAAUCAGAUCACAACACAUUUCACCGAGAUUGAUCUGACACGACACGGCCAUCGUUUUUUUACAUUUGACCUGGGAUGUUUUGAAUUUCACUGCAGCAUGUCGAUGUAGUCGUGUUUCUGUAGCGAGUGUUUCCACUGUCCUUUUAAGGUUGCAUGCCUGUUCACGGCCUUCUGUCCAAGGUUGCACGAUAUUUGCCUUCGAGUCUCUCAGUCUCUUUCUGCUUUCUGUCAUCGAGUCUCAGUGUCAUUUCAGUGCAGCUGUCCUCCACAUUCUGGAUUUGGAAAGUGUGUUUGCCGUAUUUAUUUUUGUAUG